CACUGUGCUGGGCACCCCUCCUGCAGUGCCAAUCAAGGCUUCCACCCCAGUCUCUUCAGCAGUGGAGCGUCCUUCUCAGAGUGCUCUUCCAGCUUCCAUGCUCCAGAAAACAGCCAAGAUUUCCUCAGCUGUUUCAAAAGUGAGCCCUUCCCAGGGCCAGCAGCAACCACCCACUGCUGGGGUGGAGAAACAGGCUCACCAGUGGAAGGAUUCAGAUCCUGUCAUCAUAGAAAUCAGGGAGGAGAUUGCACAUUUCCAGAAGGAGAUGGAAGAGCUGAAAGGCAGGACAGCCAAAGCUGCCAUCGAAGUGGGCACCGAGGAAGAGGAGGAGAUGUUGAGGAUGGAGUCAAACGACCUUCACACUUUCCUUUUGGAGAUCAAAGAGACAACAGAGUCCCUUCAUGCAGACUUUAGCCUCCUGAAGACAAGCCUGCUGGAGGGGUUUGCAGGGCUGGAAGAAGCAAGACAGAAGGACAUGCAUGCUCACAGCGCUGAAUAUCUGCACCUGCUGUAUAAGAAGCCUUUGGACCCCAAAAGUGAAGCUCAACUUCAGGAAAUCCGGCACUUACACCAAUACGUGAAAUUUGCUGUUCAGGAUGUGAAUGAUGUCCUGGAUUUGGAGUGGGAUCGGCACCUGGAGCAGCAAAAAAAGCAGAAGCGCUUACUGGUACCUGAGCGCGAGACUCUCUUCAACGCCGUCACCAAUAACUGGGAGAUUAUUGACCAGCAGCUGAAACGGCUGAAGAAUUUGGUGGGCAGCCUGCAGGAGCUCUGCUUGUACAAUCAGACGCCGUGGUGGAGCCUAUCCACUACCACCUCUUCUAGCAGCAGCAUACAAAGGUGGGCAUUGCUCAAGAAACCCCCCAAGCAGCUUUGCUUUCCCCCUCUGCAGUGCAUUGCGUAUAUUUCAGAGGACAAAGAGGAGUUCACAGUUUCCUGCCCCCAGAGGGAAAGGUUGGACACCAUCCUUUGUUUUAGUCCGUACUGA